AGUACUUAUGCGCUUAAGCACGCAUUCGGCAAAUUAUACUCAACUCAUGAAGCAGACAUAGAACAACAGCCAUAAUGAACACGACAUCCUACGACUAUUCCGAUUACUAUUCGGAUACUCCUCAACAGACUUCUAUGCUCUGCAACAAUGGUAACGUGAUCGCAUUUACCACCGUGUUCGUGCCGACGCUGUACAGCUUUGUCUUUAUCUUCGGCUUCAUCGGCAAUUUGCUGGUGGUCUGCGUGGUCAAGUACCAGAGGAUGAACACCAUGACAGACAUCUGUCUUCUGAACCUGGCUGUGUCCGACCUGCUCUUCGUGAUCAGUCUGCCUUUCUGGACUCGUUAUCUUGCCGCCGGCGAGUGGGGCUUCGGGGACUUUAUGUGCAAAGCUGUCUCCUUUUUGUACUUGAUGGGUUUUUACGGGAACAUCUUCUUCAUGGUCAUCAUGAGCAUGGAUCGCUACCUGAUUAUUGUCCACGCUCUCACACUGGCUAAACACAGGUCGGUUCGACUCGGCAGCGCUCUAACUGCAGUUGUAUGGCUUGUCAGCUUACUUGCCUCCUUGCCCAGUAUGGUCUUCUCGCAAACUAAAAACGAAUCCACCAUAACGUGUAAAACUGAAUUUCCACAAGAUAACGUAUUGCGGAUCGUUACAUAUUAUGAGCUAAAUAUUUUAGGAUUUAUAAUUCCUCUUGUUGUUAUGACGUAUUGUUAUGCAAAAAUCAUCCCCACUUUGGUCUCCAUAAAAACGAACAAGAAACACAGAGCCAUCAAGCUUGUACUCUUAAUAGUCAUACUGUUUUUUCUUUUUUGGACUCCUUACAAUUUCGUUACCUUCCUGAUGUCCCUGAAAUACUUGGGGUACUUUGCAAACUGUGAUGCCUACAACAAUUUAGAAUGGUCUCUCAAAAUAACAGAAGUUUUGGCUUUUACGCACUGCUGUCUGAACCCAGUCAUCUAUGCUUUUGUAGGCCAGAAGUUUAAGCGACUUGUGCUGAAAUUGUUGCAGAAUUGGUUGCCAGUUUGCUUUUCGAGGUGCAGGUCAUUUUCCACUGAACUGUCAGAGAGAAGGAGUUCAGUCAUUUCAAGAUCGUCUGAAAUCACCUCUGCAAGACUCUUAUAGUUGCUCUUGUGUAAAAAAAAAUAUGUACCUUGAAUGUACAGUGCUUAUUGUGAUUCCACUGUAGCCAGUGCUUUCCAACACAUGCUUAAAUAUAAGCGCUUUCAUCACACGCACUUUUAAAAUACGUUUUAAAACAUUUCAUUCCAAAGUAAUCAUUUCAGUGACAUUCUUAGAUUGAUUUGUAUUUGUUUAGAGUUUGACGUUUGAAUGUUCUUCUGUAUUUUGUUUACAACUUUUUGCUAUUUUUAAAUAAAUGAAAUGUUAUUUUCAUUAA